AUGUCGAAUCCUAACCCGAAUCCGAACGAGAAGAAAAUGAAAGCGAAAGAGCAGAAGCGGAAAAAUAUCAUCGAUUCUAUUACCCGUUUGGAGUCAUUCCUGCGUAAUUUUGAUCCAGACGAGCAUGGACACGAAGUACCUCUACGACUGGAGCGCAUCGAUAAACUGAUGGAAUCAUUUGAGACGGUGCAAUCGGAGUACGAAGAAUUGGACGAUAAUGAGAAAUUCGUGUUGGGAAAUAAUGAAUUGAGAGCCAAGGUCGAGGAAAGGUAUUUCCGAGUGAAAGCUGGUCUGAUAUCAAAGCGCUCCGCCCCUCAAACGCACGAGGCAUCGACCUCUGGUCAAGCUAACCCCGCGCAGUUGCCAGCUCCUUCGUCGCUAUCGAACGUGAAAUUGCCGACGAUCACGCUGCCCGAGUUCGAUGGCGAUUUCAAUGGAUGGCUCACGUUUCACGACACGUUCCUUUCCAUGAUCCACUCGUCAACUGAGAUAUCGAGUGUGCAAAAGUUUCACUACCUCCGCGCUGCUCUAAAGGGAGAAGCAGCGAAUCUCAUCCAAUCCAUCGUUAUCACCGCUGCAAACUAUUCUGUCGCAUGGGACACGCUUGUGAAACGGUAUUCCAACAAGAGUCUUUUGAGGAAAAAGCACAUUCGGGCACUCCUGAAAUACCCGAAGAUCCCGAAUGAUUCAGUUGAGGCACUGCACCGCAUACUCGACGAAUUUCAAUGUCAUACAAAAGUAUUGCAGCAGUUGGGAGAGCCCGUCGAGCAUUUCAGUUCCAUUCUUAUGGAAUUACUCGUAGACAAGCUGGAUGAUGCAUCACACAGUGCAUGGGAGGAAUCUAUCGUGUCGGAUGACAACCCGACCUAUGAGAAAAUGGUUGGAUUUUUGCAGAAGAGAACUCGAGUGCUAGAGACGAUCAUGAUCAACCGCCCCAGUCCAUCGUCAUCGAAAACUGGAAGCCAUCAUUCCGGAAUCAAGAAGCAGAAUUUUCCUCGUGUCAGUACGAACGCUAUGACUGAAAAUCCCAGAAAGGUGUUUCCUAUGUGCCCCGCCUGUGAAAAACAGAGACAUUCGCUUAUGGACUGUCUCGUGUUCAACGGAAUGAAUGUUAGAGGUCGUUUGAAGGUCGUGAACGACAAGAAGUUGUGCGGUAACUGCUUCCGUAGCGACCAUUUUGCGCGCGCUUGCCGUUCAAAGUUUUCGUGCAAACAUUGUAGCAAACGACACCACUCGAUGAUUCAUCCCGGCCACAUCGAAGUUCAAGCCAACCCUGACCUUCCACCUGGUCCUUCCCGCGUGGUAACUGCCAUUGCCACCACCGAAAUUAUGACUCCCUACUGUAACGCUCACGUUCUCGCAUCCAGCGCAGCUUUGAAUGGAAACAGUACGAGAGUACUCCUCUCUACCGUGGUGCUCAUAAUAGUAGACGCGUAUGGACAAGAGCACUUCGCCAGAGCCCUGUUGGACACAGGGUCACAGCCAAACGCGAUCAGUGAACGGUUGUGCCAGCAGUUGCACCUCACCCGCACAACAGUCAACGUUCCCAUUUCGGGAGUAGAUGGAACUCUCACGAAUGCUAAGCACCAGGUGACUACUGAGCUUCGAUCCAGGGUGAGCAAUUUUAAGCAGCUCAUGGAUUUUCUCGUCCUGCGAAAAGUCACCAGCGAUACCCCAGCAGUUUCGUACAAUACUGCCAAUUGGAAGAUCCCAAAAUCGGUUUCAUUAGCCGAUCCCGAGUUUAACGUAUCCCGUAGAAUUGAUAUCAUAAUUGGUGCAGGCCAUUUCUACACCUUGUUGCGUGACGGACGGAUCAAAUUGUUUCACAAUCUUCCAAUACUUGUGGAAACCGUAUUCGGUUGGAUCGUGGCUGGCCGUAUGGAAAGCCACAAUUUGGGUGAAAAGAUAGCUUGUCACGUAGCCCAAAUCCCGUCAAUUGAUGAUCAGCUAGAACGCUUUUGGAAACUUGAGGAGGUGAGCGGAACAAACUAUUCAGUAGAUGAGCAGCAAUGUGAGGACUUCUAUUGUCGAACCGUUUCUCGAGACAACUCUGGCCGAUAUAUCGUUCGCAUGCCCAGGCACCCACAAUUCGAGCAAAUGUUUGGAAGCUCGAAGGAGACAACUCUUCAACGAUUCCGUCGAUUGGAACGAAUGCUGGAAAGGAAGCCAGAACUGAAACCGCAGUACCAUGACUUCAUCAGAGAGUACAUUGCUCUUGGACACAUGUCAGAAGUACCCGAUGACGAUGUUGAUCGCCCAGAUGCCUGCUAUCUUCCUCACCAUCCCGUCGUAAAGGAGAGCAGUUCGACGACUAAAGUUCGUGUCGUUUUUGACGGCUCAGCAAAGAUGAGUUCCGGUCAUUCAUUAAACGAAGCCCUCCUCGUUGGACCGGUCGUUCAGGACGAAUUGAUCACGAUCGUUUUGCGUUUUCGACAGUUCCCAAUUGCGCUCGUAGCGGACAUCGAGAAAAUGUACCGCCAGGUAUCGCUACAUCCCGACGAUCGACCGCUCCAGAGAAUUUUCUGGAGAUUUAACAGUAUCGAGCCCAUCAAAGCCUACGAACUCUCCACGAUUACGUAUGGCCUUGCCCCGUCCUCGUUUUUGGCAACACGGACGCUGCAGCAGGUGGUAGAAGAUGAAGGUCCCAAUUUUCCGGAAGCCAGCCGAGUCGUGAAGAAAGACGUGUACGUGGACGACUUGAUUUCUGGUGAAAACACUGUAGAACGAACAAUUCAACUACAAAAGGACUUGAUGGAACUUCUGCAGCGAGGCGGUUUCCAUUUGCGGAAGUGGGUUAGCAAUUCCCUCGAAGUACUCUCAGCGAUUCCUGGAGAACUCCAAGGAACCCGAUCCCCCAUGCAGUUUGAUCCUGAAGAAACAAUAAAAACUCUCGGGAUCUGCUGGGAACCUGAAACUGACACACUUUGCUUCAACGUUUCCGUCAACCCGAAGGACUCGGUGCCAACUAAACGAGAAAUUUUGUCAACGAUUGCCCAGCUAUAUGAUCCACUUGGGCUUGUGUCCCCCGUCAUCGUUCAAGCCAAAAUCUUGAUGCAACAGCUCUGGCUCCUGUGUUUAGGAUGGAACGAUGAAAUUACCCCAGAUCUUCACCGUAAGUGGAAAGCAUUCAGUCGUCAGCUUCCCGCACUUUCAAAUUUUAGAGUUUCUCGAAAUGCAUUCAUUUCGAAUACUCGUGUCACGGAGUAUCACACGUUUGCGGACGCGUCAAAGGAUGCAUAUGGAGCAUGCCUUUACAUCCGCUCGGAGGACGCCAACGGCAACGUCAAAGUAAAUCUGCUGACUUCUAAAUCCAAGGUGACCCCGCUAAAACCGAUCAGCAUUCCACGACUCGAGCUAUGCGCAGCUCUUCUCGCAUCCCGUUUGUUCGAAAAGGUAGUGGCUGCCUUGAACCCGAGUUCCUCUCAGAAUUAUUUUUGGUCCGAUUCCACGGUAGUCCUGCAAUGGAUGAAGUCUCCACCGCGGACUUGGAAAACGUUUGUUGCGAAUCGCAUCUCCGAGAUACAAGCUACAACCCAUGGGUCCCUAUGGCUGCACGUUGCAGGGACCGAAAAUCCCGCCGAUCUGCUGUCCCGCGGCUUGUCUGCUGACGAAUUAAUUACCUGCAAAAAGUGGCUUCACGGACCAAGCUGGUUGCACAAACCUAAAGGAAGUUGGCCUAUACAAAAUUUCCCUAGCGCCGGGAUCCCAAUGGAAGAGUUGGAGCAGCGCCCUGCAACUGUUCUCACCCUUCAAGCUUCUGCACCACACGAACUUUUCCUGCGAUUCUCGUCAUACAACAUGUUGAUAAAUGUAGUGGGAUUUGCGUUUCGUUUCAUCCAUAAUGCUCGACCGAAGAACACUCGAAUCUCUGGCCGAGUGCUUCUCGUCCCAGAAUUGCACGCUGCUAAAAUGUUCCUGGUGAGAUUGGUGCAAGCUGAAGUAUUCCCCGGUGAGCUGAAGGCUCUGCGCAAAGAGCAAUCCGUAUCUAAAAAUUCCAAGCUCCGGCUCCUCUGCCCGUUCUUGGAUUCCGAAGGCGUAAUACGAAUUGGUGGCCGGUUACAACUUUCGGCCGAAUCCUACAACAUUCUUCAUCAAAUUGUCAUUCCCGGCUUCCACCCAUUCACCAAAUUGCUGAUAAUGCAUCACCACAAGAAGCUGAUCCAUGGUGGUAACACCGUAACUCUCGCGGUUUUGAGAGACGAAUUCUGGCCGUUACAUGGUCGCAGAGCUAUAAGGAGCGUCCUCCGAAGCUGUUUCAAUUGCUAUAGAGCAAAUCCCCGCCCGAUAGAACAACCUGUUGGCCAACUACCCUCCAGCCGUGUUACGGCUAACGAAGCUUUCUCUUGUACUGGAGUGGAUUAUUGUGGGCCUCUUUACCUGAAGCCCACCCACAGACGAGCAGCACCACAAAAGGUUUACGUCUGUGUAUUUGUGUGCUUUAGCACCAAGGCGGUCCACCUCGAGCUGGCAGGCGAUUUGAGCACCAACACGUUCCUGAUGGCUCUGGAUCGAUUUAUGUAUCGGAGGAACAAACCGCACCAUAUCUACUCCGAUAAUGGUACAAAUUUUAUCGGAGCAAAGAAUGCUCUUCAUCAGCUGUAUUCCAGACUUCAGUCAGAACCGGAAAAUGAGAAAAUCACCAAAUAUCUAGCUCAAGACGGAAUACAGUGGCAUCUGAUUCCCCCACGAGCCCCUAACUUCGGUGGCCUCUGGGAAGCCGCGGUUAAAGUGGCAAAAAAGCAACUCGUUAGACAACUAGGAGACUCGCUGCUUUCUUACGAAGAACUCCUGACCAUCCUCGUCCGUAUUGAGGGUUGCAUGAACUCUCGUCCACUCAUGCCUCUGAACGACGAUCCUCACGACUUGACCGUGCUUACUCCGUCUCAUUUUCUUAUCAAGAAUAUGAUCAAGCCACUUCCCGAACCAGACAUCCGCCAUCUACCGAUGAAUCGGCUGAAUUACUAUCAGCGAAUUCAAGCCCAUAGUCAACAGUUUUGGCACCGAUGGAGGUCGGAGUACCUGAAGGAACUUCAAACGCAGUUCACAACAAACCCGAAACGCUGCGACCUUGCAGUUGGCAACGUAGUAAUCCUGAAGGAUGACAGCCUUCCACCGACGCGCUGGCCCCUAGCGCGUAUCCUGGAGGUCCACCCCGGACCUGAUGCCAUCAUUCGUGUGGUGACCUUACAAACCACAGGAGGAGUACUGAAGCGAUCAGUAUCGAAGAUUUGUCCAUUACCCAAGGAAGAAGAAUAA